GUAUUAUGAGAUUUCUAACAUCAAAGAGCCGGCAAGAGUAGAUGAAUCCAAGCCACCAAUGAUAAAUUAGACAUUGGAGGGUAAGAAGGUGGGUUCGGUGCGGACUACAAUGAUUUUGAAGAAAUCGGAAGCCGCAAUCCACAUCUUACCGGAGCAAGAUGUGGCGAGGUAUGUUCAUGAGGAGAUAAAGCUCAGGCCUACAACGGUGAAGGCUAAAGUUGAGGAGGAAGUUACGGGUGAAAAAUCAUUGGGGAAGAAAAGAGUCCAAAAAGAGAACGAAGCUUAUGAAAAGUUGGUGAUGUUGAAUGAAGCCUAUGAGCAAGCACUUGUUGCUCGCGGCGUUGAUAUUUUGGCUAUUAAAACCGAAACUGAGAAAAAAUUUGCUGAGGAGAAACGUAUAAGGCAAAACAAAGGAGAGCCACAAAUAGAUGAGGCAUUGAGUGAAGGUGAUCAAACCCGAGAGAUGGACAUUGAACUGGAGGAGGCUAAAGUUGAGGCAGAGAAAGAAGAAGGGAAGGAAGAGGAGGGAGGCAAAGAAGGUGAUCAAACCCAGGCCAUGGGCAGUGAACUGGAGGAGCUUAAAGAGGUAAAAGUUGCUGAGGAUGUUCCCAAAAAGGAGAAGGGAAGGAAGAGGAGGGAGGAAAGCGAUGAUACUUUAAAAACAUUUGUCAGUGGGCUACGGGCAAAGAGCCAAAGAACAACAAAGAAGCCCAAGUUCUUAGAAUCUCCCUUCCAAACUGAAUUGCCUAAGAAGGGAAGGAAAGGGAAGAAAGGUGUCGUUGUGGUGGAAGAUGAUGACGACAAGGGGGAGAAGGAUGAGGAGAAGCCACUUGCAAUUUCACAUCUCGGUAGGAGGACAUCUGUUGCAGAGCUAUGGAAAAGGAAAAAAAGUUAUUGGAGAUGUUGAAUAUGGGCAUUCCUUCUUCACAAGACUUUGAUGUCAGGCUACCGGGAACAAUCGACGAAGGCUUUUACCAUAAUUUCACCGUUGAGGACAUUCUCGAUGUGUCGGAUGAUGAAAACAAGUGGCUUCGACAUUUUCUUUCAUUAAAAGUUAACAAGUAAGUAUAAGUGUUAUUCUGUGAUAUUUAUAUUAGGUUUGUGAUAUUAAAUGUUAUUCUUGUGACAUAUAGUGUUUUCCUGUGACAUUCA